AUGCACCAGAUUUACAGCUGCAGCGACGAAAAUCUAGAAGUUUUCACCACUGUGAUUUCAUCCAAAUCAUGUAGUCCUGCCCGAAGACGAGCCAAAAGUACACAGCACAUCCUAGCAAAGAGUGUAGUAGCUGUAUCUGAUCAUCGGCCCCAUAGGACAGAGACGCUACAGCCCCCCCAGGGUGACCUCCUCCAGGUGCCAUACAGCGAAGACGAGGUGCAGGGCUUGGGCCACCUGCACAAGGGGCAGCGGGGACCCUGCCCCACCAAGGGCCCUCCCCAGCACGUGAGAAUUACUGAACGAGAGGCAUCCAAAUCCUGUAAUCACCUGUCAGAUGGAAAAUCUUUGUUCCCACCAUUGCCGGUUGCCCAUAUCACAGCGAAAGCGGCGGCUGUCACAGACUCACCCACAGGCAACAGCACCUCUACAGAGGACCACAGGCAGCGCUGGAGGAAGACAGCAGAGUACGACCUGACGCUGCCACCGGGAGCAGAAGCUUCCCUACCACUGACGGGAGGCAACCUGUGCGGGACACCCAGCCUCCUGAGGAAGAUGUGGAUGAAGCACAAGAAGAAGUCAGAGUACCUGGGGGCAACAAACAGUGCCUUUGAGGCAGACUGA